CUCGAGCGGAUUCGCUUCCUUUUCCCAACUUCAACAGCGACACUGAUCUAACCCACUUCGCCGACUGCGCAACACUAUACAACCCAACAAAAUCAAAAUGCCAGCCCCCACGAUUCUUCGCGCUGGCGCCCUCGCUUCCCGGCGCGCAUUCAGCACCACCCGCGCCGUCCGCAGCGGCGGUGCCCCGCACUACGACCCCCCCAGCGGCUGGCUCUUUGGCGUCAGGCCGGGCGAGGAGUACAAGAGGGAAGGAUGGGAGAUCCCCUUCUUUUAUGGGUUCUGCGGCAGCUUUGCUGUCGCUACGAUUGCGUAUGCUUUCAAGCCUGAUACUUCCAUCCAAACGUGGGCUCUCGAAGAGGCUCGUCGCCGACUAGAGGCCGAGGGUAUCCUCGAGGAUCCUCAUCCCGAGAAGUAAACGUCAAAGUGCCAUGUUGUAUCUGCGCCCAUCAAGCGGUUAUUCGUCAGCAUCUACAAACAUCAAGGAGAACAACAACACCAAUCCAACGAUUACAUUUUUUUCAGAAUUUGGGAUACUAGGAAAUAG